AUGUCUGCCCCUAAGGAUGUUCAGUUUACUUUGAGAGUCAUGAUAAAUAAAGAUAAAACCAAGGUUCUCUUUGCAGAGGCGGACAGUGAUUUUACCGAUGUUUUGUUGAGCUUCCUGGCAUUGCCAUUGGGAAAGAUCGCGAAAAUCGUCGUGGAACACUACGGAGACACCACACCGGUAGUCGGGAGCUUGACCUCUUUGUACAAUGGCCUUGCUGAUCUUAAUGUUGUCCAUUUUCAUACAGAGACAGGCAAACAAAUGCUGCUAAACCCGAGAAGCGUGCUUGAUAAAGAAUACCAUAAGCUGAAGCUGAAUCUUGGUAAUCCCGAGCCCACCAAGUACUUUACAUGCGGACAGUUGUCCGGUAAGCAGCACAAUUUCAGCAUGUACUAUGAUACCGCUAGAUGUGAUUGUGGGAAUACAAUCAGCACUGAAACAAAAUUUAUAUCAUCUGAGGCUGCUGAAGAUGGCGAUGAUCGAGCUUUUUGCACAAAAGGUGCUUCAUUUAUAAUCGGUGAUGAUAUGCGGGUGGCGCCUAAUGUAGCGGGGUCGGUGUUGAGAAUUCUUGCGGAACUUGGUAUUAGGGACAUCAAAGGGGCUGAGAUGAGGAACGUGAUUUUCGGAUAUAAUGAUGUGAGUCUAUUGUAUUCAACUUUCUGA